AUGUCUCUACGCUGCGGGGGCGCGGUCCGCACCGUGGGCCCCCGGGUAUUUGGAAGAUAUUUAUGCAGCUCUGUUAGAGAAGUAAGUUCCUUGCCAGAUGAAAAAAAGGAAUUUUUACAGAGUGGACCAGACCUUCAAGAAUUUAUAUCUGGUGAUCUGGCCGACAAGAGUACUUGGGAUGAAUAUAAAGGAAAUUUAAAACGCCAGAAAGGAGAAAGGUUAAGACUACCUCCAUGGCUAAAGACAGAGAUUCCUAUGGGGAAGAAUUAUAAUAAACUGAAAAACACUUUGCGGAAUUUAAAUCUUCACACAGUGUGUGAGGAAGCACGAUGUCCCAAUAUUGGAGAGUGUUGGGGAGGUGGAGAGUAUGCCACCGCCACAGCCACGAUCAUGUUGAUGGGAGACACAUGUACAAGAGGUUGUAGAUUUUGUUCUGUUAAGACAGCAAGAAAUCCACCUCCCCUGGAUGCCAGUGAGCCCUACAAUACUGCAAAGGCAAUUGCAGAGUGGGGUCUGGAUUAUGUUGUCCUGACGUCUGUGGAUCGAGAUGAUUUGCCUGAUGGAGGAGCUGAGCACUUUGCAAACACUGUAUCUUACUUAAAGGAAAGGAAUCCAAAAAUUCUUGUGGAAUGUCUCACCCCUGAUUUCCGAGGAGAUCUUAAAGCGAUAGAAAAAGUUGCCCUGUCAGGAUUAGAUGUAUAUGCACAUAAUGUAGAAACAGUUCCAGAAUUACAGAGGAAAGUCCGUGAUCCCCGGGCCAAUUUUGACCAGUCUCUACGCGUACUAAAACAUGCCAAGGAGGUUCGACCUGAUGUUAUUUCUAAAACAUCUAUUAUGUUGGGUUUAGGUGAGAAUGACGAGCAAGUAUACGCCACGAUGAAAGCACUUCGUGAGGCAGAUGUGGACUGUUUGACUUUAGGACAAUAUAUGCAGCCAACAAAGCGCCAUCUUAAGGUUGAAGAAUACGUUACUCCUGAAAAGUUCAAAUACUGGGAAAAAGUAGGAAAUGAACUUGGAUUUCAUUAUACUGCAAGUGGCCCCCUGGUGCGUUCUUCAUACAAAGCAGGUGAAUUUUUCCUGAAAAAUCUAGUGGCUAAAAGAAAAACAAAAGCCCUGUAA